ACAAAAGUCCAAUACAAAUGCAAAAUGUAAUUACUCAUAACUGGAAGGUAAGUAUUGUAUUUUCGUAAAUGUUUAAGGGGCACAUGUAAUUUGUUUUUGUGUAUAUAUGUGACCAUCUUUGUCUAAGUUUGCAUCAUCUCUUGCAAUGGGAAAAAACAGUGAAAUUAAGCUUCUUGGAACCCCUCCAAGUCCUUUUGUGAACCGGGUUCAAUUCGUUCUCAACCUCAAGUCUAUUGAGUAUGAGUACAUAGACGAAAAUCUCGCUUGCAAAAGUGAGCUUCUGUUGACAUCCAACCCGGUUUAUAAGAAAGUUCCGGUUCUUUUUCAUGGAAACAAACCUCCCAUUCCUGAGUCUCUUAUCAUAAUCGAGUACCUCGAUGAAAUCUAUCCUGAUAUCCAUCCGAUACUCCCCUCCGACCCUUUAGGUCGGGCCGAUAACCAUUUUUGGGCUAACUACAUCGAUAACAAGUUUUUCUCGUUGUUUGAGGAGCUUAGGAUAACACCGGGGAAAGAAGGGAAAGAAGCAAUAAAGAAACAGAUAACUGAAGGAUCUGAACUGUUGGAAGAAACGUUUGUGAAGUUUAGUAAUGGGAAAGCUUAUUUUGGUGGAGAUAAUGUAGGAUAUCUGGAUGUUGUUUUAGGAUGUUUCCUCGGUUGGGCAAAGUUGCUUGAAAAACAUAACGAAUUCAAAAUAUUUGAUGAAGUUAGAACCCCAAAACUGCUAGAAUGGACAAACCGUAUAUGGUCGCAUGAAUCCCUUAAGGAUGUGAUCCCGGGGAGCGAAGCCCUAAUGAACUUUUAUAUGAUGCUGAUGAAGUAUAAACCACCAAGAGCAGCUUAAGUUUAUCUCUAUGUUUUAUCCAUCUAUUAUUAAAAUAGUACCUAUGUGCAUCCUAUUUAAGUUGGGUUUAAAGUCAUUGUAAGUUGAGUUUAAAGUCAUUUAAGUCGGGUUUAAAGUCAUCGUGUGUUAUCUUAGAGUAAGUAAAGAUCACAAUCGUGAUUUUUACUGUUUACUCCAUUUAUCAAUUAUCAAUGUUUUGACUUUGUGUUCACAAUGCUAUUGAUGAUGUCUUUUUAAA